GACCCUUCAAUGCGAUCCGCGGGCACAUCAUCACUUGAGUGGAGCUGCUGGGCAAGGCGAGGCGAGUUGGAGACUCGGGACUGCCGCAUCAGUGACGUGACUUCGUGAGUGACUUCGUGAGUCCGUGAGCGAGUUAGUAAAUCGAGUGUUGAGGAUCAACCCCACCCCACCCCUACUCCACGCAAUGGAGCAGAAGCAGCAGCAACAGCAGCAUCAGCAGCAGCAGCAUCAGCAACAGCAGCAGCAGCAAGUGAAGAGGAUUUGCUGCAUUGGAGCGGGCUACGUGGGGGGUCCCACGUGUAGCGUCAUCGCACACAUGUGCCCCCACGUGACCGUCACGGUAGUGGACCUCAACGCGUCACGCAUCGACGCCUGGAACUCCGACAGCCUCCCCAUCUACGAGCCGGGCCUGCAGCAGGUGGUGGAGUCGUGCCGGGGAAAGAAUUUGUUUUUCUCCGUCGACGUCGACGCGGCCAUCCGCGACGCCGACCUCAUCUUCAUCUCGGUGAACACUCCGACCAAGACAUUCGGCGUGGGGAAGGGCCGAGCGGCCGACCUGAAGCACAUCGAGUCCUGUGCUCGCCGCAUCGUCGAGUGCUCUGGGCCCGGCCUCAAGGUGGUCGUGGAGAAGAGCACGGUGCCCGUCAGGGCCGCCGAGAGCAUCAAGCGCAUCUUUGACUCCAACCCCAAGCCGCACCUGCAGCUGCAGGUCCUCUCCAACCCCGAGUUCCUGGCCGAGGGGACUGCCAUCAGGGACCUGAAGAGCCCGGACCGCGUUCUCAUCGGCGGCGAAGAGACCCCCGAGGGCCACGCGGCGGUGGCGGCGCUCACCGCCAUCUACGCCAACUGGGUUCCCCGCGAGAGAAUCAUCACCACCAAUACGUGGUCAUCAGAGCUGUCUAAACUCGCCGCCAACGCGUUCCUGGCGCAGCGCAUCAGCAGCAUCAACUCGAUGAGCGCCGUGUGCGAGGCGACAGGCGCCGACGUGCAGCAGGUGGCGCACGCCAUCGGCACCGACCAGCGCAUCGGAGACAAGUUCCUCAAGGCCAGCGUCGGCUUCGGAGGGAGCUGCUUCCAGAAGGACGUCCUCAACCUGGUCUACCUGUGCGAGGCGCUCAACCUGCCCGACGUCGCCAACUACUGGCAGCAGGUGAUCGAGAUCAACGACUACCAGCGGCGACGUUUCGCCAACCGCAUCAUCGGCUGCCUCUUCAACACGGUCACGGGCAAGCGGCUCGCCAUCCUGGGCUUCGCCUUCAAGAAGGACACGGGAGACACCAGGGAGUCAUCCAGCAUCUACAUCUGCCAGCACCUGAUGGACGAGGGGGCCAUGCUGCAGAUCUACGACCCCAAGGUGAAGAAGGAACAGAUGAUCCUGGACCUUUCUCAGCCCAGCAUCUCCGGGGAUGAUCCAGACAGAGUGGCCAGGUUGGUGACGGUGACCUCUGACCCGUACGAGGCCUGCAAGGGCACCCACGCCAUCGUCAUCUGCACCGAGUGGGACAUGUUCGGGGAGCUGGACUACGCGAGGAUCUACGCCGAGAUGCUGAAGCCUGCAUUCAUCUUCGACGGACGCAGGGUCCUGGACAAGCUCCACGUGACGCUGCAGCGCAUCGGCUUCCAGGUGGAGACAAUCGGCAAGAAGUUGGUGCUGGACUCAAUCCCGUUCACCCCGUCGACGCAGCCCAAGGUGCUGGACUUCCAGAUCCAGCGCAAGAACAGCAGCGCCAUCUGAGCUGCCUGGGACGCAGAGGUCGCAAACGGGUUUUGAUUCCUUACCCGUACCCGGCCGCACCAGGGUCGCAAACGGGUAUCCGUUCCCUACCCGUACCCUACCCGAAAUGAGUGACAAACGGUUACUCACCAGUGACUCACGGCCUACCCGUACCCGUACCCGGCCGCACCAGGGUCGCAAACGGGUACCCGUACCCGUACCUGGCCGGGUACGGGUAUCGGGUAUCGGGUACCCGGUUGCGACCUCUGCAGGGACUGCGGAGGGAGCUGGUAGGAACACGUUGGGUUGCUCGGUCAAUGGCCUGCAGGGUCAACGGCGGCGUGGUGUAUUCCGCAAAUAUGCCCGACUGUGAGGGCGGGCACAAGCCGGCGUGAGUAGGUGAAACGUUGAGUUUUAUAAGGGCACCACGGGGUGACCAGCCCCUCCCCACCCAGCCCCUCCCCACCCUCUCCACCCUGCCCCUC